GGGGGCUGGUCCUGGGGGUUGGAGUGAGCAUGGCUGCAGGGGAUGGGCCAGGCGGGGAUGGGCCAGGUUGGGAGGUCCCUGAGCUGCGGGGCUUCUCAAGCUGGGUGCCCUGUGCCUCUGGCUAUGCCAUGGCUCCAUCUGGCCACCAGCCUCUGGGCUGGUUUGAGGGCCCUUUCCUCUGCUUCCCCUCCCUUGGUGAGCUGAGCUCCCAGGGGCUCUGCGUCCACCUCCCCUGGCAGGGAAACCAUGACUCUGCCUGGAAGGAAUUUUUAUGCUGUCUCCUCUCCCUGUGGCUUAACCCUUCCCCAGCUGGCCAUGAGCCACCACCAGCAGCUUGUGUUGGUCAAGGAGCCGGGCAACCUGCUGCUUCCUCUUUUCUGCCAGGCCCCCAUCUCCUCCUCCUCCUCUUCCUCCUGUUGGCUGCUGGAGCAGCGUGGUGGAGGGAGCAGGUGAGCGGUGCUCUGGGCUGUGUUCUGGGGCUGGGACACAGGGUCCAGCAGGCACCGGGGCAGUCGGAGGGGAAAACUCCAGCUUGCCCUUUGGCAAGGAACUCGGCGUCAUGCCCAUGUCCCAGUCUGUGCCAGGCCUGGGAUGCGGGGGUGCCUGGGGGGGUUGGGCUGGGGCAGGCGGCCCUGGCUGCGAUGGGCCGUGCCUGUGUCCAGUCCCGCUCCAUGGCAUGGCAGUCCCCGGUGCAGGAUGUGUCAGGCCAUAAGUGCUUCCUCUGCAGCGAGAUGUUUGUGCACAGCCACCUCCGGUAACGACUCUGGCCUCGCUGCCCCUUCCCACAUCCUGCUGGAGCCUCGGGAGGCCGAGGACCGUGCUGGGGCUGGGUGAGUCCUGCUGAUCCCGGCUGCUCCCUUUCCCCGUUCCUGUGCAGAAGAGGGCAGAGACGAUGGGGUGGUUCACCCCAGGAUGAGCUGGGCCAAACCCCUGGACCCCCAUGUCCCCACCCAUGAGGGCUGCAGCAUUGACCCCAGCAAUCACAGGGUUGUGCGGGAGCAGCCCCAGCCUGGCUGGGGCAGAGGUGGCCCUACAAGCCCUGGCUCCUCAGGGCUGGCAUGCUGGCUGCCCAGGGUCCUGCCCAGGGACAGGAGUCCCAAGUGCCCUGGCAGAGCGGAGGGAGGAUGCUGCACUGAAGGCGAGACCUGGCUCCUGCUGUGGGCAGAGAGCAUUCCUGCCCAGAGCAGGGCUGUGAGGCAGCGUUGGCAAUGACCCUGUGUGCCCCAAAGGGCCGUGGCCAGGUCACCAGACCCCUCCUGCUCUCUGAGGCUAGCUGGAGGGGCGCAGCAUAUGCAGGGACGUGGAGGGCAGGGGCUGGCCGGGGGCUCAGUGCUCUCCUGUCCAAGCUGCCUGUGCAGUCUGGAGAUGGGGGAUGUGGCUGGGUCUUGGGGCUGGCUCCUGGCCCCGUCACCUGUCCGCAGCCAGGCUGUGCUUUGGCACCGAUGGGUGCUGGAUUUUGCUGAGCUCAGCUGGGGUUUACUUGCUGGAGUGUGUCACCUGACUCUAGGCCCCCCUCCCUGGCAGUGAGGCGGAGGGAAGCAGGUGAUGGAGCCCGGCACUGGCCCAGCUCCUCCACAAGUGUCUGAAAUGUUUACCCUCAUCCUGCCAAGCACUGGGUGAGCCCAAGUCCCAGCCCCGUGCCCAGGCUGGCUGUGUCACUCUCCGAGUGGGGAGACCCUGGGGCCCGGCUACCUCUGGUGCUGCACCUGGCAAACCCAUCUGAGCCCCAACCGCAGCCCCGCAGGUUGACUACAAGGACUGGGAUGACUCUGAACCCACUGCUGCCGGGACAGGGGGUGCCAGGGUCAGGCCGGUGCUUGGGAGGGACCCUGGGAGUCCUGGCCCGCAGCCCGUGCCCAGUCCCACGCUGCCCAUCCCUGAUGGUGUAAUACCAAUCUGCCAGUUUUACCCACCACUGCAGUGGCACUGGGUGUUGGUGCUCCUGCAAGGCCGGGAGGCGGGUGGGUGGAAAGCUCAUCCCACCCUGAGCCUCAUGGUCGUUUAAUACUUCACCCAUUAACUUGGACUAAUAAACCUCGUGAGAGCGAGAGGCUAAAAGCCGUGCCAGCCGGGCAGCACCUCCUUCACAAGCACCGCUCCCGCAGCCUCACCAUGGCAGCUGGCUUCUUCAUCAGCAAGACCGUGGGCAUCGUGGCCAUCGUGCUGGCCCUGGGGGCUGUGGCCACCAUCAUCGCGCUCUCGGUGGUGUACGCCCAGGAGAAGAACAAGGUGGUGGAUUCUGGCACCGCUGGCACCACCACCACCAAGGCAACCACCACCAAGGCAACCACCACCAAGGCAACCACCACCAUGACCACCCCCCGCACCACGGCUGCCCCCCCCACCACUGCCGCCCCCCACCACCCCUGGAACCAGUGGAGGCUGCCGACGACGCUGGUGCCGGAGUCCUACGAGGUGACUCUGCAGCCCUUCCUGACGCCCAAUGCCGACAACAUGUACAUCUUCAAGGGCAACAGCAGCGUGGUCUUUGUCUGCAUGGAAGCCACCAACCUCAUCCUCAUUCACAGCAACAAGCUGAACUACACCCUGCAGGGGUCCUUCUACGCCUCACUGGAGCCGGUGGAUGUCUCCAGAGCGCCCCGCAUCAACAAUACCUGGCUGGAGAUCCCCACCCAGUACCUGGUGGUGCAGCUGAAUGGCCAGCUGCGGCAGGGCCGGCGCUACCGGCUCUUCACCAUCUUCACGGGGGAGCUGGCUGACGACCUGGCCGGCUUCUACCGCAGUGAAUAUGUGGAUGAGUCAGGCAUUAAGAAGGUGGUGGCCACCACGCAGAUGCAGGCGGCUGACGCGCGGAAAGCCUUCCCCUGCUUCGACGAGCCGGCCAUGAAAGCCAACUUCACAGUGACGCUGAUCCACCCCUCUGACCACAUCGCCAUUUCCAACAUGCCUGCUAUAAAGACCUGGCAGCAGGAGAUCGACGGGAAGAGCUGGAACAUCACUGAGUUCGACACCACCCCCAAAAUGUCCACCUACCUGCUGGCCUUUAUUGUCAGCCAGUUCAGCUAUGUGCAGACGUCCUUGGGGGAUGUGCAGAUUCGCAUCUGGGGCCGCCCCAAGGCCAUCACCGAGGGCCAGGGCAGCUAUGCGCUCCAGGUGACCGGCCCCAUCCUCAGCUUCUUCGAAAAGCACUACAACACGGCAUACCCGCUGCCAAAGGCCGACCAGGUCGGCCUCCCUGACUUCAACGCGGGCGCAAUGGAGAACUGGGGGCUGCUGACCUACCGGGAGAACUCGCUGCUCUUCGACAAUGCCUACUCCUCCAUUGGCAACAAGGAGCGGGUGCUGACCGUCAUUGCUCACGAGCUGGCCCAUCAGUGGUUCGGGAACCUGGUGACGCUGCAGUGGUGGAAUGACCUGUGGCUGAACGAGGGCUUCGCCUCCUAUGUGGAGUACCUGGGCGCUGCCGCGGUGGAGAGCUCCUGGAAUAUUAAAGACCUGAUGGUGCUGAAUGAGGUGUAUGCAGUGAUGGCGACCGAUGCCCUGAUGACCUCCCACCCACUCACCUUCCGCGAGGACGAGGUUAACACCCCAGCCCAGAUUAGUGAGGUCUUCGACAGCAUCGCCUACAGCAAGGGAGCGUCAGUGCUGCGAAUGCUCUCUGACUUCCUCACCGAGGACGUGUUCAAGGAGGGGCUGCAGUCCUACCUCCACACCUUUGCCUACGGAAACACCGUCUACACGGACCUCUGGUUUCAUUUGCAAGAGGCUGUCACGAAGAGCAAUGUCUCGCUGCCUGACUCCAUCAGCAACAUUAUGGACCGCUGGACGCUGCAGAUGGGCUUCCCCGUGGUGACAGUCAACACCCUCACUGGCACCGUCAGCCAGAAACACUUCUUGCUGGACCCCACCUCCGUGGUAGAGAGACCCUCCAUCUUCAACUACAUCUGGAUCGUCCCCAUCACCUGGAUGACGGGCUCGACCACUGGGAACAGGUACUGGCUGACCAAAGUCACAGAAACCAACAACCAGUUCAAGCUGAGCGGCCCCAACUGGCUCCUGCUGAACGUGAAUGUCAGCGGGUACUUCCGCGUCAACUACAACCAGGAGAACUGGGACCAGCUCCUCACCCAGCUCUCCACCAACCACCAGGCCAUCCCCAUGAUCAACCGUGCCCAGAUCAUCGAUGACGCCUUUAACCUGGCCAGGGCCAAGUACAUCAAUGUGACCUUGGCCUUGAGCACUACACGGUUCCUGAGCCAGGAGACAGCGUACAUGCCCUGGGAGGCAGCGCUCAACAACCUGCAUUACUUCCAGCUGAUGUUUGACCGCAGUGAGGUCUUUGGGGUGAUGACGCAAUACAUACAGAAACAGGUGACGCCGCUCUUCUACCACUACAAGCACAUCACCAAUGACUGGGUCACCAUUCCCAGUGGCCUGAUGGACCAGUACAACGAGAUCAAUGCCAUCAGCACAGCCUGCUCCUACGGCAUUGUCGAGUGCCAGGACCUGGCCACUAGAUACUUCCACGAGUGGGAGAAAAAUGUCACCAGUAACCCGAUCCCCCCGAACCUGCGCUCCUCCAUCUACUGCAGCAUAGUGGCCACGGGCGGGGAGAAGGCCUGGGAUUUCAUCUGGGAGAGGUUCAAAGAGGCCACCGUUGUAUCUGAGGCCGACAAGCUCCGCACCGCCCUCUCCUGCAGCCCCUAUCCCUGGAUCCUCAACCGGUACCUGCAGUACACCCUCGACCCCAACAAGAUCCGGAAGCAGGAUGCCACUGCCACCAUCAACAGCAUCGCCAGCAACGUGGUGGGGCAGCCCCUGGCCUGGGACUUCAUCCGCAGCAACUGGAGGAUGCUCUUCAGCCAGUAUGGGGGUGGCUCCUUCUCCUUCUCCCGGCUGAUUUUAUCAGUGACCCAGCGGUUUUCCACAGAGUUUGAGCUGCAGCAGCUGGAGCAGUUCAAGGCAGACAACCAGGACAUCGGCUUCGGGUCGGGGACGCGGGCGCUGGAGCAGGCGCUGGAGAGGACUCGUGCCAACAUCAACUGGGUGAAGGAGAACGAGAAGACAGUGCUGACCUGGUUCCAGGGAGAGGUCACCCCCAGCUAACCACCUGGCCCUGGCCACCGCACACCCUCCUACCAGCCCGGCUGCAGGGCUGGCUGGCGUGGGAUGGGCUGCGGGGGCCAAGCCUGAAGCUCCCAGAGCCCACCGCCGUACGGCCGGGCUGGACCCUCACCCACUCCCCAGCUCCACUCACUCCAUCGUCUCCGGUCCCCAGCCCCAAACACUCCCUCCUGGCAGGCCCCAUGCCCCCCUGGGCCAGCACGGUCAGGGCCUUCGCUGCUCAUGAGGGGCAGGGGCCACUGCCCGCAGGCAGGGCCUGGUGCCUGUAUGAUGGGCAGCAGGUGGGGGACGGGGGGCUUUGGGCUGGGGGAUGGGGCCCUGCGGCCCUCGGCUGCCUGGGGCAGAGCUGGGCUCUGCAGACUUGUGCAAAGCCUGGGGGG